AUGUUGUACCUCAAGAUCAUAGCCAUACCGUGUUUCGUCCUGUCGAACCAUGUAUUUCGGGCGAGUGCGGUACCAAUGGAUUUGAACGUCCAUCCAGAUCACUUACCGUACAUACUGAACUCGAGAACCAAUCACAACAAAUCGCGCUGUUGGGGCUACGAAAGUGACUGUGAUAUAGAGCACCGCUAUUUGGAUCCCGUGUGUCCAGGUCCUGAAACUAGCUGGGCACCGACCAAACGGGAUCAAAUUGACACGUUCUAUGAUCAAGGAGAUUUUGGCUAUGUAAAACAACAACGAGAAGAAAUCACACACAUGUGUGAGCCAAUAAAUAAAGACGAUUCAUCAUUGGAAUGCACAAACCAUUUGAAGUUUUGUCGUGGACAUAAUAUUAUGAUAAAUUUUGAAAAUAUAUUGAACAAAAACCACCCGAUACGAUAUCAAAUGGAUGUACUAAGUAGUGGUCAAAUUGGUGGGAAAUGCAAGUUUCAUAAAGAAAAAUUGGAUGCUCAGUGUGAUCAUCUGAGUCCAUUACAGUCUUGGAGUCCCGAAUUAAGAUUUUUCACACCAAUUGAUGAUUAUCCCGGAAAAUGUGAUUUAAUUAUAACUGAACCUACAGUCAUCAUGAAAAUAGACGCAACUGUGAAUAUGUACCAUCAUUUUUGUGAUUUUUUGAAUUUAUAUGCGUCUCAGCAUGUGAAUGGCUCAGGAGCUAGUAUGUUUUCAAAAGACAUACACAUAUUAGUCUGGGAGUCAUUUGCCUAUGAAUCUGCAUUUAGUGAUACCUUUCAAGCGUUUACAAAGCAUCCAGUAUGGAAUUUAAAUACUUUCAGAGGAAAAGUUGUUUGUUUUAAUGAUAUUAUCCUACCAUUACUACCAAGAAUGAUUUUUGGGCUGUAUUACAAUACUCCUUUGAUUGAUGGAUGUGAAAACAGUGGAUUGUUCAAAGCGUUUUCCCAACAUGUGUUACAUCGUUUGAAUAUCAAUCAAAAACCAAAUGGAAAUGAAAAAAUAAGGAUAACAUUUUUGUCUAGAAAUACAAAAUAUAGAAAUGUAUUGAAUGAGAAUGAAUUAAUAACUGCUUUAAAAAAUCAUUCUCAGUAUGAAGUAAAAAAGGUUGUUUAUAGUGGCAACUUCUUAACUUUUAAAGAACAAGUACAUAUAACAUAUAACACCGAUAUAUUUAUUGGAAUGCACGGCGCUGGGUUAACACAUCUUUUAUUUUUACCCGAAUGGGCAGUGUUAUUUGAACUAUAUAAUUGUGAGGAUGAACAUUGUUACAAAGAUUUGGCUCGUUUGAGAGGUGUUAAGUACAUAACAUGGCGAGAUAUAAAUAAGUUUACUGUGCAAGAUAAGGGCCAACAUCCAGACCAGGGUGCACAUGCCAAGUUUACUAAUUAUUCAUUUGAUAAAGAUGAAUUCCUAAGUCUAGUGGAUGAAGCCGCUACACAUGUAAAAAAAUAUAAACAUGGUUAUAGUCCUAAAUUACAUGACGAACUUUAA